AUAGAACAUCUAUAAUUCUACAUAAUAGAAGUACAAAAGCGUAAUGGGAUGCCAAAACAUUGACGUCUUCAAUUUCUUCAUGAUCUCAACCCAACCCAAUCAAACCCACUGAAGUGAGUAAGCGCCACUGCUGAACAACAAAGAAAGAAAUAAGAAUUGGUAAUGGCGACGAAGCUGAGGCUCCCUAUGGUAGACCUUUCCUCACCUGAUCGUCUCUCCACCGCCAACUCUAUUCGUCAGGCAUGCGUUGAUUAUGGAUUCUUUUACCUCGUGAACCACGGCGUAGACGACCAGCUUCUGAGUUCAGCGUUUCAACAAAGCGCCAAGUUCUUCACGCUUCCAUUGAACUACAAAUUGAGCUUGUCACGCAAGGAAUACAGGGGUUACACUCCUCUCUACUCUGAGAACCUUGAUCCCUCUUCACAGUCCAAAGGUGACGCAAAAGAGAGCUAUUACAUUGGUAAUUUGGAAGAUAGCAGUAGUGUUAACCUGAAUCAAUGGCCUUCUCAAGAACUGUUACCAGAUUGGAGACCUACAAUGGAAUCCUUAAUAUGGAAAUUGUUGGAAGCUGGGAAAAAGCUGAUGUCUCUAAUUGCUCUGUCCCUAAAUCUGGAUGAUGAUUUUUUUGAGAAGACAGCCUUAAACAAACCAGCAGCUUUUCUUCGCCUUUUGCAUUAUCCAGGUGAAUUGGGAUCAUAUGAAGAGUUAUGUGGUGCCUCUGCUCAUUCAGAUUAUGGCAUGAUCACUCUCUUGGUGACCGACGGUGUUCCGGGACUGCAGAUCUGUAAGGAGAAGUUCAAGCAACCUCGAGUCUGGGAGGAUGUGUCUCAUGUAGAAGGGGCCUUUAUUGUGAACAUUGGGGACUUGAUGGAGAGGUGGACAAAUUGUAUAUACCGGUCAACACUUCACAGAGUCAUUCCAACCGGAAAGGAGCGUUAUUCGAUGGCAUUCUUCUUGGACCCACCCUCAGAUUGUGUGGUUGAAUGCUUUGAAAGUUGCUGCAGUGAAUCAUCUCCCCCAAGAUUCCCUCCAAUUCGUAGUGGGGACUAUUGA